AUGAAUUCCGACGCUGAUUCCGUCGCUAACCCUCCACCAUCACCAUCACCACCGCCGUCAUCAAUCCUCAUCCCCGGCCUCCCAAACGAAGUUUCCAGAACCAUCCUCUCCAUGGUACCUUACGCUCACCACGCUCGUCUCAAAUCAACUUCCAAAUCAUGGAAAUCCGCACUUUCAUCAAAGUCAUUUCUCAACACACUGUUAGGUCAAAACCGUAACAAUCUCAUCUGUAUCUUUCCUCAAGAUCCUUCAAUCGCGUCGCCGUAUCUCUUCGACGCUAACGCCGUCGCUUGGUGUCCUCUUCCUCCUAUGCCGUGUAACCCUCACGUUUACGGUUUGUGUAACUUCGCCGCCGUUCCGUUUGGUUCUCAUAUUUACAUCAUCGGCGGGUCGCUUUUUGAUACUCGCUCUUUUCCGAUCAACCGUCCGUCGUCGUCUUCCGCGACUUUCCGUUUCAAUUUCCGUGAUUUCUCGUGGGAGGAUCGCGCUCCGAUGAUUUCGCCUCGCGGAAGUUUCGCGUAUGCUGUGGUUCCUUCCUCCGGUGAGAUUAUUGUCGCCGGAGGUGGAUCGCGGCAUACGGUUUUUGCUGCGGCGGGAUCUCGGAUUCGGGCGGUGGAGCGGUAUGAUGUGGUGGAGGAUCAGUGGGAGGAAUUGGAUCCUCUUCCGUGUUUUCGGGCUGGGUGUGUUGGGUUUAUGGAGAGGGAGAGGGAGGAGUUUUGGGUUGUUGGUGGUUAUAGUGCUUCGAGGACUGUUUCGGGGGUUUUUCCGGUGGAUGAGUAUUGUAGAGAUGCGGCGGUGAUGGGUUUGGAGGACGGUGCGUGGCGGGAGGUUGGUGAGACAUGGGGGGAUGGAGAGGAUGUUAGGGCUGGGAAAAUUGUUGUUGGUGAUGAUAGUGGCUCUCCUUUGGUGUUCAUGCUUGAUGGGAAUGAGAUUUUCAGAUAUGAGACGUCUUCAAAUCGUUGGGAAUACGAGUCUCGUGUGCCAAAAAAAGCUCCCCUUGGCUCGGCCUUUGGCGUUGUAGUAGCAUCUGGCGAGCUGUAUGUAUUGUCGCAUUUGUAUGAUGAUGAUUUUGCAGAAACUCGAAGGUCCAGGCCCUAUAAGAAAACAGGAACCAUGUGCUUUCAAAUCUAUAAUCCGAAAAAGAAGACAUGGAGAACAGUGGUCACAAAAUCGCCUUUCACUCGCCAUAUAGAUAUUACUAGUGCGGUAUUGAGCUCAAUUCGUCUGUGA